AUGAGCGCGGCAUUGAUCCGAGAGGGCAUGUCUCUAGAAAAAACCGGAAGGCUCCACCCGCCUCGACAGUUUCCGCCAACAGACAGACUAGAAAAAAACACUGAUCAAAAAAAUAAAGAUAUGCAGUCUAUUUUACUGUGCAUGACGUCGGGAAUCUUCGAGAUCUUUCGCAUCCGCAUUUCCAUGAUGGGAGGGGUCACACCACAUAUCACACUAGACUACAUAAACAACCCCUUCCCAUGCAGUCCGCUCCCGUGCUCUGUCGAUCAUCAAAACAAUCUCUACCUUUACAACAAACCAACUAACAAGCGAACUGCUUCACGUCAACGGUUCCAAGUUUCACACACAAGCCAUGUUUUCCCUACUUCCGUUCCAUUACGGCAUGAGUGCCCCCUUUAGUAGCUUUGACGAUGACAUGUGGAGGCCUCGCAACCGACUGGGCAUGACAGAAUCCGACCGCGGCCAUACCCAAAGAAUCGAGCCAACAUUCAGCAUCGAAUCCGACGACGAUGGGGCGCAUUUCGAAAUCGAGCUGCCGGGUGUGUGCAAGGAAGACAUUUCGAUAGAGGCCGAGAACAACACGCUGACUGUCAGCGCGAAACGAUUCAAGAAGCACCGCACCGGGAAAGAUGAUACAGUUGUUGAAGAAGAAGGAAAAGACGGCGCGGAAGCGACAAAACAUCCGGCCACGAAGAAGGAUGUUCAACCUAAAAUAAUCUAUGUGCUCCAGACUAGACUGGGGCAUGGCGCUGACGUCGACGCUAUCGAGGCAGACGUUGAGGGUGACGGUAUCCUUUAUGUGACGGUGCCUCUGAAGAAGGGCAACGGACCUCGCCGUAUUCAAAUUCCUAUCUAGAGGUGCCCGUCCUUGUCACUGUACGCGGCCGUUUCUGCAUGGUUGAGCGGGAGGGAUUAGUUAUCAUUUUCAACCGUGUAUUUUCAACGGCAGUCGAUUGAUACUCCUUUCGAGUAGAUUAGUUCGGUAGCAGUUGUGGAAAUAUAUUAUUUCGCCUGCUUUUCUCUA